GAAUCAUUGGACAUCAUGCGGUUGCCGUCUAUCGUUGCUGGGGCAUCGCUCCUCUCGUCCGCCUGCGGGCUCAACAUAUUGGUGAACAAUGACGAUUCCUGGGCGGCAGCCAACAUUCGAGAAUUCUACAAAGCAUUAAAAGCGUCGGGUCAUAAUGUCCUGCUCGUGGCACCCGCGGUGCAGCAGUCGGCUAAAGGCGGCACUGUUGUCUUCGCUGACGUGCGCAACCUCACUACGCCUGGUGAGUUCGACUCGGUGCCAGCCGGCUCGCCAUCUUUCGGUCAAGACCCCAACGACUCUCAUAUGUGGUACUAUAACGGCACGCCUGCAGCAUGCACGUUCUUCGCCCUCGACUACGUUCUCCCGAGACAGGAACCAUUCGGCCCCGGCGUCCUGCCUGACCUCAUGGUGUCCGGUCCCAAUGUGGGAUCAAACGCAGGACCCUUCGUCUUCACGCUGUCCGGAUCUCUUGGUGCUGCGUAUUCGGCCGUCGAGCGCGGCAUCCCGAGCAUUGCUUUCUCCGCAGUGAACAGCACCCACCGUGGGUACACGGACGUGGCUGACGGCGACACCGCGGACGUUGCGGUGGUGCAUGCAAAGUUGAGUACGGCGAUUGUCGACCGGUUGGCAGAAAACUUCGACAAAGGACACGGCCACUGGCGACGUAGGAAGGAUUCAGACCGUCUGCUGCCACUCGGAUAUGGAUUGAAUGUCAACAUUCCCCUGAUCACAGAUACCUGCACCGAACCGAACUACGUGCAGACGCGACUCACUGGCGGCGCGGUUGUGGAUAUUGCGGUCUAUAACGAGACGACGGGGCUAUUCAAAUAUGGUGAUGAUCUCAAUGAUGGGGUUAACGCCUGCAUCAACGGCGAUUGUCGUUUGCCCGGCGAGACGCUCGUGAUCAAAAAGUGCGCCGUUGCAGUGAGCGUGUUCACCACAGAUUUCGACGCUCCGAAUUGUCGCGGCGAUCCGGAGGUAAGGCAGAAGUUGGAGGGAUUAGUCCAUUACGCGAAAGUCAAAGCGAAGAGAUGGGUGUUUUAAAAACGAGGAAGCAUUAAUACUGCAGA